UUUUCCUUGAAAAAGUGCGAGAAAAGUAAACAGCACAUGGGGCAAGCGACGGCCGAGCCUGCAGUGUUUGACAAGGACUGGGUAGCCCCGUGGGUCUGAGCCUGGUAUAUCUGUGGAAAACGAGCUAUAUACUUUAGGGCACCGCUUUGACACAGGACAGGGAAACACUUCAACAUGGAACUGGAGUGUGGCAGGGACGGGCAUAUGGUAGCCUGACAGGGAAGUCCGUGCCAGCAGCCGUGCUAAGUGCACAAGCCUUGCCAUUCCGUUUGGUAAUGCUAUCAAUGCAGGGUGUUAGCAGGUGCCCCUUAGCCCCAUGCCCAAGCAGGAAAGCGCAGUUUGGCAGCAGCGGGAGGUCAUGCCAGCCUAAGUGGGGAGAGCGCAGGAGCAGGCCGUUGCCCAGCCGUGUCCCUCUCCCUGCUGAGCUGUGGGUGUAUAUGGGAGGAAGCAGGGAAAGUCUGUAGGUAAGAGAUAUAAUAAGGGAGGGGGCAGGACGUAUAAAAGUCAGAGCAGCCUCGGGGAGCAGGAACAGAGUUUUGGGGAUCACCUAAUGGGGAAGUGAGUUUCUGAGUAAAGUGAAAGAUCCGUCAUCCUCUGCGCGCCGCCCCACUUGACGAAGUUUGUCCCAGUGGCGGAUAGGAGGGAGGUGCGGGAGUGAGCUGGAUGCGCCGUCCUGAGCUAAGCCGGACUUUCUGCUCAUCAAUGGGAGCUGCGCUGCUCUGGCCCUAAGGCUUAGGCAUGGAACAUGUGACUCUGUAGCGCUCCUCUAUGCCGGGCUCUCCCUGAUUCCGCACUGAGGACUGGCUCAACUUAAGCGGGAUGGAACUGCAAGUCCUCUGUGGGGUCCUGUUUUGGCUCCUUCUGCCCGGCUCCCUCUUGGCAGCCUGCUUAUUCCGUUACAACUCCUUGUCACUGGUGUACCUGUUUUAUCUUCUGCUUCUGCCAUGGUUUGCUGGACCAAAUCCCUGCAGCAUGAGAGGUCACACAGGACGUCUGAUGAAAGCGUUACUUGCUACCAGCAUCCUCUUCCUCUGUGCUCAUCUCAUCUUCCAGAUCUGCCUGUACACAAUACCUGAACUGGAUGACCUGCUAGGGCACAACUGCAGCAGCUGGGAUGUGUUGGCUCGUCACGUAGGUAUAAACAGGCUGGAUCUUUCUGAUAUCCCCAACAUGGUGCGACAAGUGUCCCCAGAUUUUGGCAUGUUUGUCGUGUCAGCAUUGUGCCUUGGCUUGUGUAAUCGCCUAGUGACCAAGAAGAGACGACAGAGGUCUUCAGGCUAUUUUGAGCAGGAAGAAGAGAGGACUGAACUUAACCUAAAAUAUGAAAGUAGAGAGUGUGAUACAGAGUUUGAGGUGGGGGGAGACUUACAUUCUGUUCCACGAGACCGCCUUCUUGGGUCCUGGCUUAGAAAGGCAGCAUACAGGCUUCUGGAAACAGUGGAGAAAUCACUUGCUGUCUUACUCUUGGCUCUUGCAGGUAUCACUGAUCCCUCUGCUUUCUCAGCCCCAUAUUAUGUGGUUUUCAUUGGUCUCUGCACAUGGUGGGCCUGCCAUUUUCCCAUUAGCCAACUAGGCUUUAAUACUAUCUGUGUCAUUGUUGGGUUCUUCACUGGAGGUCACAUGAUUUGCCUUUAUAUUUACCAGACACCUUUUAUCCAACAAAUGUUUCAUCCUGAACAGUUAUGGGCAAGGUUGUUUGGUCUGCAUAACAUCAUCAGUCACUCCAACAUUACAGACUGUACCCAUGACUCUCUGAAUCAAAACCUUGACUGGCCUGUGUAUGUUCAUCCCGGAAUCUUAUUACUGCUGUACUACUCCCUAUUAUCAAUACUGAAACUGAAGAGCUCUGACAAGAAAAGGAUUUCAGGGUGUGACCUUCGGAAAUCUCAGCAGGAGGAUAUGGAGUUGACUGAUAUUGAGCCAGUUUCAAAGGAGCAAUAUAGUGCGGGAGAAGAGACAAAACCAAUGCUUCAGAGGAUGAACACUGAAGAAGAGGCUAAACCCCAAGACUGCACUGUUCAUGUGAUUAGAAGAAAUUCUAAUCAACUGCCAGAAGAACUUGAAACCAAGGAGCCAUCACAAUUUCACCUGAUGAUUCAUGUAAUACUGAGCCAAAGCUAUAUCUGUGCGCUUAUUGCAAUGAUGGUGUGGAGCAUUACAUAUCACAGCUGGCUGACUUUUGUGCUGCUGCUCUGGGCAUGUUUAAUCUGGAUGGUGAGGAACAGGCGCCAGUUUGCAAUGCUGUGCUCUCCCUUUAUUUUGAUGUAUGGAGUGACUCUCUGCAGCCUGCAGUAUGUCUGGAGUAUGGACUUGAGAGAAGAGCUUCCGACACAACUUGGUUUUAUGAAGCUGUCACAGCUGGGACUGGUUCGCGCACCAUACCCCUGCCUUAACAUGGGAGCACUGCUACUUUACACGCUGACAUUUUGGCUUCUGCUGCACCAAUUUGUAACAGAAAAAUUUCUAAAACGUAAGAAGUUUAUGUCCCCACUCCUGGAGGUCACAGUGGCAGAUGCUGGCAAAGAAAAGAACCUGCUAAAACGUUUUGGGGAGCAAGUAAAAAGCUUCUAUGCAAAAUACUGGAUCUAUGUGUGUGGAGGCAUGUUUAUUGUGGUCAGCUUUGCUGGUAGGCUGGUAGUUUACAAAAUAGUCUACAUGCUUCUGUUCCUACUAUGCUUGGUGUUAUUUCAGGUGUAUUACUCUUUGUGGAGGAAGCUGCUGACUUUUUUCUGGUGGUUAGUUGUAGCAUACACAAUGUUGGUUCUUAUCACCAUCUACACCUUUCAAUUUGAAGAGUUUCCUGAGUACUGGAAAAACUUGACCAACCUUACAGAUGAGCAGUUGGGUGAUAUUGGGCUUGAGAGGUUUAGUGUGUCGGAACUUUUUACCAGCAUCCUUAUCCCAGGCUUCUUCCUCCUUGCCUGCAUCCUCCAGUUACACUACUUUCAUCGCCCUUUUAUGCACAUGACCAACUUGGCACAUGCCUCAUGCCAAGGAAGUUUCCAUAGCCACGAGAGUGAGCAGCCAAAGGAAGAAGAAGAGAAAGCUGGUGCAUGCAGUGAUGCUGCUGCUGAUGAGGAGGAGGAUGAGGAAGAAUCUGCACAUGGAGCUGAUCUAAGUAAAUGGGACCUAGUUACACAGCGCCUUUCUGUCCUGUCCUUUAAGUUCUCUGAGCUGCUGCACCGAUUACAGGUUUUCCUUUGGAGGCUUUUGGAGCUCCAUGUGUUGAAACUGGUGGCUUUGUAUAGCGUGUGGGUUGCCCUGCAGGAGGUAUCUGUGAUGAAUUUCCUUUUUGUGGUCCUAUGGGCUUUUGCUAUGCCUUUCUCCCGAUUCCAGCACAUGGCUUCCUGUCUUUGCACCAUCUGGACCUCUAUAAUUAUUGUUUGCAAAAUGCUUUACCAGCUUACUGUUGUCAACCCUCUGGAGUACUCUAGCAACUGUACUCAGCCUCCUCUAAAUAACACCAGUCUCCUAGAAGACGAGAUUUUGAACUCCACCCUUUAUAGAGAACCUAUAGAUCCAGCAAACUGGUUUGGUAUCAGAAAAGGUUAUCCAAACCUAGGUUACAUACAGAAUCACCUGCAAAUACUCCUACUUUUGGUAUUUGAGGCAAUUGUUUAUCGGCAUCAGGAGUUUUACCGUAAACAAUACCAGCUUGAGAAGCCACACAUUCAGGCUGUAUUUCCAGAUGUCUACAGAGAGCACUUGGACCAAGGCUUGUUCAGCUGUAUCAAAUAUUUUAUCAACUAUUCCUUUUAUAAGUUUGGUCUUGAGAUCUGCUUCCUUCUUACUGUGAAUGUGAUUGGUCAGAGGAUGAACUUUAUGGUAAUCUUUCAUGGCUGCUGGCUGAUAGUGAUUCUUACUCGACGACAGCGAGUCAACAUUGCAAAAUUAUGGCCUAAAUACUGUGUGUUCCUAAUCUUUUUCCUGUUGUGGCAGUACAUGAUAUGUCUGGGCAUUCCUCCGGUGCUUUGUAUAGAUUAUCCCUGGAGGUGGGACACAUUUGUUCCUGUCAACUCUGCACUGAUAAAGUGGUUAUAUCUUCCAGAUUUCUAUACUACACCUAAAUCUGUCAACCUUAUCAGUGAUUUUGUUUUGCUGAUUGGUGUGGCCCAGCAGUGGAAGGUGUUUAUUAAUGAGAAGAAGGAAGAAUGGUACACUAUGGCAGGGGAAAAUGUGGAAGAGUAUGAAGCUCCAAAAGACAGGCCCAACCCUGUACCUAACUUCAUCAAUUGUCAGUCUUAUCUGGAUAUGGUGAAAGUAGCAGUGUUUCGGUACCUAUUCUGGUUUGUCUUGACUGUGGUCUUUAUAACAGGGGCCACUCGCAUCAGUGUUUUUGGCCUAGGAUAUUUGAUGUCCUGUUUCUACCUUCUUCUGUCUGGCACAACCCUUCUGCAAAAGCCAAUGAAAGCCAAGCUGGUGCUUUGGGACUGUUUGAUCCUCUACAACAUCACUGUUAUACUGUCCAAGAACAUGCUGUCGCUCCUGUCUUGUGUAUUUGUUCAACAAAUGCAAACCAACUUUUGCUGGGUGAUCCAGCUCUUCAGCCUAGUUUGCACAGUUAAGGGUUACUACAAUCCCCAAGAUAUGGAUAAAGACCGGGAUUGCUCUCUGCCAGUGGAAGAGGCCGGAAUCAUUUGGGAUAGCAUCUGCUUCUUAUUUCUCCUUCUCCAACGAAGAGUUUUUUUGAGUUGCUACUUUCGGCAUGUUGUUCUUGACCUUCGUGCCUCCUCCCUUCAAACAUCAAGAGGUUUUGAGCUCUUCAUGGCCAGCAUCAGAAAGAAUGUGUUUUUCCACCAAGAAUCUGAGAGACGAUCUCUUAACCAGCUCAGGAAGCAAAUGGAGAGAAUCCGAGCAAAGCAAGAACGCUAUCAUGAAGGCAGAAGACAAACUGAUAGCAGUCAAGUAAAGGAAGGUGAGCCUGGCAGCAAGAAAGGGUCCAGUAGGCAAAAGAUUCAUUGGAGCCGCCCAUGGUUAGACCACGCCUCAGUGCUGCAUUCAGGAGAUUAUUUUCUGUUCGAAUCAGACAGUGAAGAGGAUGAAGAGUCUUUAUUGGAGCAGGAUCAGAGGCCACCCAAGCAGAGUGCUUUUCAGCUUGCAUACCAGGCAUGGGUUACAAGUGCCAAAUCUGCGCUAAAGGAAAGAAAGAGUCGGCAGAAAGAGAGAUCUGGAAAGGUAGAAAUGGUCACGGUAGAGAAUAAUGAAGCAGGAGGGGGGACAGAGUCUCAUACCCAGGAACCAAGGGAGAAAGGAGAGGAUAAAGAUCUGAAUGAGGAGAGAGGAGGAAGCAAUGUGGUACAGCGUAUCCUUGACGUGUUGAAGUUUCUCUGGGUUCUUUUGCUUGCCAUGGUGGAUGGACUGAUCAAUUGGCUAGGAACCCUUACAAAGCAGCAUGUUGAUAUGUCCACAGUACUGUGGGUAGAGAGAUAUAUCAUAACCCAAAAACUGUCUAAGGGAGAAGAUAUCAACCGCAGGGAUUUGGAAAAGGUAUAUGAGACAGGGCAGGAUGUUAGGGAGCCUAGGAUUUCAUCUCCUCCAACUGAUAUGUCAACUAGCAUUGCUUCAAGUGGCUGUGAGGAAGAGGAGCUUAUCUGCAGCACAGCAGAGUGUACGGAAAAUAUAACACAACUCAGCACCGGGUACAACACACGAAGUAACAGCUUGGACUCUAUUAGGGGGUUUCCGGAAAUCAAGCCAAGUCAUCGUUCUCGUACUGCUAGUGAAUUGCUGCUUUCCAGGCCACUUGAUUUCCCAGAGCUCUCCGAGUCUCAGCACUUCUUUCAGUCUCAGAGUCGUAUUCUGAGGCUCCUGUUGGCCCUCUAUAACUUUGUGGCUGCUCACUCUGAGCUGCUUUGUUACUUCAUCAUCAUUCUCAACAACAUGGUGAGCGCUUCCCUGAUAUCACUGUUCCUUCCAAUUCUCAUCUUCCUGUGGGGUAUGCUGUCCAUCCACAAACCCAGUAAGCGCUUCUGGAUGACUGCUAUCAUUUUUACUGAGGUUAUGGUAGUAAUAAAAUACCUCUUCCAGUUUGGUUUCUUCCCAUGGAAUAAUUAUACCAUUCUGGUACGCAACGAAGGGAAACCAUUUUUUCCUCCACGUGUCCUGGGACUUGAGAAGAGUGACUCGUACAUCAAAUAUGAUCUGAUCCAGCUCUUGAUGCUCUUUUUCCAUCGCUCACUGCUCAUGAGUUAUGGUCUUUGGGAUCGUAAAGACUUAGACCUUGAAGAGAGAACACCCGGGAAGGAUAAAGGGAGCAAAACAGAGAUUCAGGCAUCCCAGGAUCUGGAGCCAGCAGGAGGCAGUAGCUCUUCCCUGCGUCAGCGCAAAAGAAAAGAAUCCCAGGGCAGUGUGCAAGAAAGAGAUUCCUUAAAAGAGAAAUCACUAGAUGUGCAGAAGAAGAAAAAAGGAAGAGUGGCUCUUAGGGUGAAGAUCAUGGGAAUGAAAAUGCAACAGUUCUUUGCCUGCAUAGUGCGGAAUAUAUAUCAGCCAGUGAAAGCUUUUUUCCAUGAUAUUCUACAUACCAAGAACCGUGCUGCAACAGAUGUUUAUGCCUUCAUGUUCCUCGCAGAUGUGGUUGACUUUGUGAUCAUCGUAUUUGGGUUUUGGGCUUUUGGAAAACACUCUGCUGCUGCCGACAUAGCAUCAUCUCUCUCUGAUGACCAAGUACCAGAAGCUUUCCUAGUCAUGGUCCUCAUACAGUUUUCCACCAUGGUGAUAGAUCGUGCUCUAUACCUGCGGAAGACUGUGCUUGGAAAGCUCAUCUUUCAAGUUAUUCUGGUGAUUGGGAUACAUGUCUGGAUGUUCUUUAUCCUACCAGCAGUCACAGAAAGGAUGUUCAAUCAGAACACUGUGGCCCAGCUCUGGUAUUUUGUUAAGUGCAUUUACUUUGCCCUGUCUGCCUACCAGAUCCGCUGUGGGUAUCCUACCCGCAUCCUGGGCAACUUCCUUACCAAGAAAUACAACCACCUCAACCUAUUCCUAUUUCAGGGGUUUCGCUUGGUUCCGUUUCUAGUAGAGCUCAGGGCUGUAAUGGACUGGGUUUGGACUGAUACCACCUUGUCCUUGUCCAACUGGAUGUGCGUGGAAGACAUUUAUGCUAAUAUCUUCAUUAUCAAAUGCAGCCGAGAGACUGAAAAGAAAUACCCUCAGCCUAAAGGACAGAAAAAAAAGAAGAUAGUGAAAUAUGGAAUGGGUGGUUUGAUCAUAGUCUUCCUUAUCUGUAUAAUCUGGUUUCCCCUUCUCUUCAUGUCGUUGGUGCGCUCAGUGGUGGGAGUCGUCAACCACCCUAUCGAUGUCACGGUUACUUUUAAACUCGGGGGUUAUGAGCCUUUAUUCACGAUGAGUGCACAGCAACAGUCCAUCCAGCCAUUCACCCCACAGCAAUAUGAAGCGCUUACCUAUGAGUUUGAGAGACAGCCGACUGCCAUGCAGUUCAUUACUUUGUAUAGUUAUGAGGACAUAGUGACUGCGCGAAUUGAGGGAAGUUCAGGAUCUGUAUGGGGAAUCAGCCCUCCAAGCCGUGAGCAGAUGAGAAAGGAGCUGCAAAAUGGAUCCUCUGACAUUACACUACGCUUCACCUGGGAUUUUCAGAGGGAUCUGGCAAAAGGUGGCACUGUGGAGCACACAUCUGAGAAACACACUAAGGACUUGGAGCCUGGGAGCCAGGAGAGGAUGGAGCUGGCAGAUCUUCUUCAAGGAGUACGAGACACCCCUGUCUCUAUCCAGCACUUGUUUCCAAAGUACAUCCGCGCUCCUAAUGGCCCAGAAGCAAAUCCAGUGAAACAGCUCCAGCCAGAUGAAGAAGAAAGUUACCUGGAUGUGGAGGUGCAGCUAAAUCGGAUGCGAGUUGCAGAGGGAAAUAGCACCAGCAGUUUUGUGGAGUGGUGGGUUAUUACUCUAAAAGACUGCGAGGGAGAAGACUGCAACAUACUACCUAUGGUGAUUUUUAACGAUAAAGUUAGCCCUCCUAGCUUAGGAUUCCUGGCUGGAUAUGGGAUAAUGGGUUUGUAUGUAUCUAUUGUCCUGGUCAUUGGGAAGUUUGUGCGCGGCUUCUUCAGUGAAAUCUCUCACUCCAUCAUGUUUGAGGAGCUGCCUUGUGUGGAUCGGAUUCUCAAGCUGUGCCAGGAUAUCUAUGUGGUGCGGGAGCGUGGGGAAUUGGAACUGGAAGAGGAACUCUAUGCAAAACUCAUCUUCCUGUAUCGCUCACCAGAAACCAUGAUCAAGUGGACUGUAGAUAAGGAUUAAGGCUUUCUCCCUUGGUGCAGGGUGAACACACCUACUACAGAUAAAAACACUGAGUCUUACAGGAAAAGAGAGAAAUAUCUGAUGUGGUUAAAUAACUGAGCUGACAUGCAAAGAAAGGCACUACAGACUGUAGCUAAUGAAAGAUAUGGCUUGUAAACCCCUAAUCAACACUUAUGUCCAGGAGUAACAGCUUAUGUGUACACUUUGUAUUGGACUCACAGCCAUUGGAAAAUGAAGUGUAAGCAAUGGACGUAAAUUCUGCAGUGCUGCCUAUGGCAGGAGAUAUUGGCUUAUGUAGGGAGAAAGCAGUAACUGGUGUCUCAAGGUGGUUUGUGAUUCUCAGCAAGCCUGGAAAAGUUCUCACUCAAGCUAUAUAUGCUGCUCAAUAUUAGAUGACUUCACUCAAGAAAAUAUAUGAGUCUUAAUCUGACCUGGACGGUUCUUUAGGAUAUGAACUGAGCCUGACGUGAUAAAUUACGUGAUUGUUGCAAGCACCUUGCAGAGAAAGGCGUUCUUACAAAACUUACCGACUGUUACAGCAGAAACUGUAUGCACUGUCCAAGAUCCAUCCUUGCGCUUGUUUCCAGGAGGUGGAUGGGUCAGAUGGUGAUCAAUGAAAUGGCUGGUAUCUAUGCCUCUUCCCACUGUGCCAAAGACUAUACUCUAAUGUGCAAUAAUACUGCAGGAUAGGAAGCAGUUGUCAUCUUUCCUUAAAGGUGAAGGAAACCCAAAUCCAUGGGGGGACACCACUCUGACUAUAAUCGGAUACUUUCUACCCUGCACCAGUGCCCCACUUUUUUUUUUAUUCACUAGGCUGGAAUCUUUUCUAAGAUGAGCAUGGUGCCACCAUCUUAAUUCUUCUUCCCAUGAAUUCCUUGAGAGGCACAUUUGCAGUACCCUGAAGUCUGAAAAACUAUUGUUCUGCACAUGCACCCACCCAGGGGAAGGAAUACAUGGCAGAAGGGAUAGGCCUGAGCUAGAAUAUAAGCAAUUAUAGGGCUGCCUAACAAACUGGGUUUCCUUCUCCUUUAAGCUCCUGCUUUUUUUAACAAAUCUAAAAUCAUUGAGAUUUUUAAGGAAAAAAAUGUUAUUGGGAAUAAAAUAAAAAGCUUAUUUGUAGUAAAAAUAAAGGAAGUGUUUAAUAAAUGGCAAAAAGCUUAAAAAUGGACAGAGCCACCUUUCUUGUCUGUCUUCUCUUCCUAAACUAGAAAGUUUCAUCUGUUUUUCUUUUUUCACUACAUGUUUCUUUUACACAAGUAUUAAUUGUAUGAAUAUGUCCUGUCUGAGGCAGUCUGCUGCUUUACACUGAAAGGGUUAUUACACAGUUUCAAAUAAACCUGUGUUUAAUGCAAGUUCAGUAAAUAAAGUUGCCCAUACAUGGACCAAUAAAGUGUGGCUCCUGAUAGCGCUGGAAGCUUACUGACCUGAGCAGUCCAGAGUGGCUCUUGGACUGCUGGCCCACUGGAUAUCUGGAUCGAAAAUGGUCCUGACUAUGGGCAUGUUAAGGCUUGAACAUA